GUGUUUUAUCUUCCGAUGGAUAUUGUAGGCCAUUUGAUACUGCGGCAAGCGGUUAUUCGCGUUCCGAAACCGUGUCGGUAAUAUAUCUUCAAAAAGCUAAAAAUGCAAAAAGAAUUUAUGCUAUAUGUAAGCAGAUUAAACUCAAUAACGAUGGUUACAAAGAAGAAGGAAUAACAUAUCCAUCGACACAUAUGCAAAGUGCCUUAUUAACAGAGUUUUACAAUGAGUGCAAAGUAUCACCAUCUGACUUGGAUUACAUCGAAGCACACGGUACUGCAACUAGAGUCGGCGACCCCGAAGAAAUUAAUGCUAUUCGUAACGUUCUGUGUCAAAAUAGAAAAACCCCAUUGAUGGUGGGAUCCGUAAAAUCCAACCUUGGGCACGCAGAACCUGCCAGCGGUAUCACACAAAUCGCUAAGGUGAUAAUAGCAUUUGAAACCGGUUUUGUACCGCCAAACAUUAAUUUUACAUCACCGCGGAACGAUAUAGACGCCUUAAUGGAUGGAAGCAUUCGUGUCAUCACAGAAGCAAUGCCGCUUAAAAAUGGUUACAUAGGCAUAAAUUCUUUCGGUUUCGGUGGAGCCAAUGCUCACAUGUUAUUACAAUGGAAUGUCAAGGAAAAGAUUGCUAAUCAUCCCAUAGAUGUAGAAUAUGUUCGUUUACUACACGACAUUCACACAGACGACAUAGAUGGUCAUUCAUGGAGAGGAUACAUUAUAUUGGAUUCUCGGCAAAAAGAUUCCAUACAAAAAAUUCAAAGUUGUAAAAGUAUAAAACGACCUAUUUGCUUCAUUUUCUCUGCCUUCGCAGAAUCGCAAUGGCCAGAAAUGGGUAAAAAGUUGUUAAAUUUUCAAGCAUUUGCGACUGCUGUAAAAAUGUGCGAUGCUAUUUUAAAACCGUAUAAUAUAAAUAUCACAAAUAUUUUGACGGAAAUGGAUGUAAAAUUAAAGAAAAGCACUUUACAAACAUUUGUUGGUAUCAUCGCCAUUCAGAUUGGCUUAGUAGAUCUCUUAACAUCUAUAGAUAUUAUUCCGGAUUACAUUAUUGGUCACUUUGCUGGUGAACUUGGUUGUGCAUACGCAGACGGGUGUCUCACUAUGGAACAAACUAUUCUGUCAGCGUACUUUAUUGGUUUAGCAUGUGUGAAAGAAAAACAAGUUCAUAGCUCUACCGCAGUUGUCAAUUUGGAUUACAAAUCUCUUAAAGGUAUAUGUCCAGCGGAUAUUGAAAUAAUAUGCAGAAACAACCAUAACAACAAUAUUGUAACUGGCCCCGCUAAAUCCAUGCAAAAAUUUUUGCGAAAAUUGCAAAAGAACAACAUUGACGUGAAAGCAAUCUCCUGCAACAACAUACCGCAUCACAGUCGUUACCUCGCUUCUCUAAAAUCGCAGUUUUUUACAAGUUUGAUCGAAAUAAUUUCACAGCCGAAAGAAAGGAGUCCCAAAUGGAUCAGCACUUCCGUACCUUGUAAUGAAUGGUCCAAUCCAACGUUAAAAUUGUGCUCAGCAAGCUACCAUACGCACAGUAUAUUAAACACUGUUCUUUUUGAACAAGCAACGCGUAAGAUCCCAGAUAACGCUGUAAUUAUCGAAAUUGCACCAAAUAGCAUUUUACAGGACAUUUUGAAAGAAUCGAUACAUUCAAAAAUAACGAACAUUGUACCGACUAAGCGAAAUGAAUCAAAUGCUAUCAAUUUACUAUUGCAAGGGAUUGGAGAACUCUAUAACUAUGGCCUCCAGCCACGGAUCGCUAAUUUGUAUCCAUCGGUAAUUUUUCCAGUUAGCCGAGGCACACCUAUGAUCUCUCCAUUCAUUAGAUGGGACCAUUCUGAAGAUUGGUUUGUAAAUAAUUAUCAAAAGCAAAAGACCAUCAAAUCCAAAGAAAGACAAAUAGAAAUUAAGGUGGAUGACGAAGAUUAUAGCUUUAUGACCGGUCACGUCAUUGACGGAAGAAAUUUGCUACCUGCGACAGGCUAUCUAGUGCUUGUUUGGGAAACAAUUGGAAUGAUAAUGGAUAAAAUAUACACAUCAGUACCAAUAGUAUUUCAAAAUAUAAAAUUUAUUCGGGCUACUCAUUUAUCAAACGAUGGCUCUGUUAAUUUGACAAUUGUGAUACAGAGAGAAAGCGGCAAAUUUGAAGUCACCGAAGAAGACAGCGUUGUUGUAACAGGUGAAGUACACGCUGUAUCAAAUGCCGAACAAGAAAUGGUGCCGAAUGAUCUGUUGUCGGUGGAUACUGACGAGGAAGAACAUAUGACUUCUCGAGACAUUUACAGAUUAAGGCUACGCGGUUACCAAUACAGUGGUGCAUUUUGUGGCUUAUAUAGCGCAUCAAUCUCAGGCAGCAAAGGACACAUCACUUGGACAGGUAAUUGGGUGACAUUCAUGGACAACAUGCUGCAGAUGUCUAUAAUUGGAAAAGAUACCAGAGACUUAUAUAUUCCAACAAGUAUUGAAAAAUUGGUAAUUAAUCCUGCACUUCACGCAUCAAAAUUGCGGGACAUGACAUCCGAAAAAGAUAAACAAAUGCCAAUACGUUUAUAUAAAGAAAUGGACGUAAUUAAAUCAGGUGGAAUAGAAAUACAUGGCCUAAAAGCUACCUUAAUUUCUCGCCGAAAACCAAUCGGAGAUCCCGUUAUUGAAGAACAUAAAUUUAUAACUCACCAGGAUUGCGCCGAUAUUUUGUUAAAUGAAGCAAUUCGAAUAUCGACGCAACUGGCGCUAGAGGAUCAUCAGAUCAUUAAAGCAACAGCCAUAGAGCUAGUGGAAGAUGCAGAUGAUGUAAUGGUAGAAGAUCUAUCAUCAACGUUACUGAUUGAAGCUCUUGCUGAUAUUCCUUUAAUACAAGCAAAUGUUGCUAUACUAACAUCACCGAAUCGUUUCACACCAGAAGAACUUUCUUCAAACGUUUUGGUCGCAGAUUUAAACGAACCAUUUGUAGGCGACAAAGCUUUGAUAGCUACAGGAUUUAAUCUUUUGACGAAACAUCAGAAUUCAUUAGAAAAACUUUUGCCUCUUUUGAGGGAUGGCGGUUAUCUCUUAACACGCGAGAAAUGCAAUCUAAAUAAAUAUGAAAAAUAUUUGAGUGACUAUGCAUUAAAUGUUAUUCUGAAAAAGCGUACGGAUAAAGAAAUAAUUAUACUAUUGAAGAAAAAGGUUAUAAUAGCAAAAACAAUUGUCGUCUAUAUCAAUAAUAAUAAUUUCAAUUGGCUCGAAGAUUUGAAGCAACUUGUAGACGACGAGAAGAAACACGAUAGCAAUAGCAGAAUUGUAAUUGUUGGAGAAACGGACUUUGAAUGCGGUUUAUUGGGUUUUCUUAACUGCUUGAGAAAAGAGCCUGGUGGACAGCUGGUUAGAGGUGUGCUUAUUCAGGACAAGCAUGCUCCUAAAUUUUCUCUACAAGAUCCAUUCUAUAUAGAACAAUUACAAAAAGAUAUGACUGUUAACGUUUUGCGACCUAAUAAAAUUUGGGGAUCUUACCGACAUUUGCGAUUACCGCAUCCAGAAGUAGAAUACGUAACUACAGCCUAUGUCUGUCAAACGGUUCGAGGCGAUUUAAGUUCUUUUUGUUGGAUGGAAAACGAUAUAUCAAUCGAUUCUGAUGGCAAAGAUAUAGUACGUGUGAUUUAUUCGUCUAUCAAUUUCAAAGAUGUAAUGCUAGCAACUGGGAAAUUAACGUCGGAUAUCGGAAUGUCUAAACGAUUACAAAGCAUGAGUCUUGGAUUUGAAUAUGUUGGUUAUGAUGACAAUGGUCAGCGAGUUAUGGGACUUUGUGACAAUAAGUGCAUAGCGAAUGUCGUUGUACGAGAUAAAGAAUUAUGUUGGAAUAUACCCGAUUCAUGGACAUUUGAAGAGGCGGCCACAGUGCCGUGCAUUUACAGCACGAAUUAUUAUGCCUUAUAUCAUUUUGGAAAAAUGAAGAAGGGUAAUAAAAUACUUAUCCACUCUGGUACUGGCGGCAUUGGACAAUCAGCCAUUCAUCUCGCUCUUCAGGAAGGAUGUCAAGUGUUUACACCUGGGCACUGCAGAAAAACGUAAUUCAUCAGAAAACUGUUUCCGGCUAUUCCCGAUGAGCAUAUUGGAAAUUCGCGAUUAUCCAACAAUCCUCUAAGCAUGUCUUUAUUUCAAAAAGGAAUCAGUUUUUAUCCAGUUCUGUUGGAUGCAAUGUUUACCAGUAAUCAUAAAAAUAAAUCUCGGUUAUCGAAAUUAAUGGCUGAAGGUUUACAAAAUAGAAACAUUAAACCUAUUCAGACGACAGUUUUUCCUAAGACAGAAAUUGAAGCAGCUUUCAGAUACAUGGCAAGCGGUAAACACAUGGGAAAAAUUAUUUUAAAUAUACAAGAGGAUGUUAAAUCUUUGGAUUCACCUGUUCUUGCACACCGUCGUUAUUACUGUCUCAGCGAUAGAACUUACGUUAUACUAGGCGGCUUGGGUGGAUUUGGUUUAGAGUUAACUGACUGGCUGAUACUUAGAGGCGCUAAAAAUGUCGUACUAACUUCGAGAACUGGAAUAAAGAAUGGCUAUCAGCGAAUGAGGAUUGAGUUAUGGAAAUCGUACGGUGUAAACGUGCAGAUAGUUAAAGACGCAAAUCUUGCUAAUCUCGAAGAAUGUGAACACUUCCUACAAAUGGUGGAGAAACAAGCACCAGUAGAUGCAAUAUUUAAUCUUGCCGUGGUUUUGAAAGAUUGUAUACUUAAGAACCAAACCAUGGAAACUUUCACGGAAUCUUUCAUAUCGAAGGCUUGGACGACACAGACAUUAGAUAAAGCAUCUAGAAACAUCUGUUUAAAACUUCGACAUUUUGUAGUGUUUUCUUCCGUUUCUUGCGGAAGAGGAAACGCUGGGCAAACUAAUUAUGGUAUGGCCAAUUCGAUCAUGGAAAGAGUGUGCGAAAAAAGAGCGGAGGAAGGACUACCCGGAUUGGCAAUUCAAUGGGGAGCUGUAGGUGACGUAGGUCUCGUCGCUGACAUGCAGGAAGUCAAUAAAGAGUUAGUUAUCGGUGGGACUCUGCAACAGAAAAUAUCUUCCUGCCUUGUAGAACUCGAGAAAUUUUUGCUCCAAAACCGACCGAUCGUAAGCAGCAUGAUCGUAAAUGAAAAGAAAAUGGGGUUAUCCGGAUUAGACAACAUGGUGGAAACCGUUGCUAAUAUUAUGAAUAUAAGAGAUAUAAAAGUAAUAAGUCAAAGUACACCUUUGGCUGAACUUGGAAUGGACUCCAUGAUGGCUGUGGAAAUCAGACAAACAUUGGAACGAGAAUUUGAUAUCUUGCUCACUCCACAAGAAGUACGAAAACUCACAUUUGCAAAACUGAGUCAAAUAUUUAAUGCAAACGUUAAUAGCAACGAGACACAAACUGAAGCGGCAACUAAAGCGGCAACUGAUAUAAAUAAGCCAGAUCUUACGAAAGCUCAGAAAUUGUUAUUUGGUAUUUUGAGAAAUCAAGAUCUUGUUUCAGAAAUUUGUUUAGAUCUUCAGACCAACACAGUGGAUAACUCGACUCAUGUAUUUCUUCUACCAGGACUUGAUGGCUGCGGAACAGUAUUUAAUCAUUUAGCACCAAAAAUUAAAUUUUUGGCUACAUCCUUGCAAUAUGGCAAUAUCGGUGUUGCAAGCACUGUAUCCGAAAUGGCUGAUUAUCUUUUAAUGUGUAUAUCAUCACGGUUAAGAGACGAAAAGAAAGUCGUAAUAACAGGAUAUUCUUUCGGUUCUAUACUUGCAAUUGAACUAAUAAGAAGAUUGGAGGCUAUGGGUACUAAAAGUCGAUUAGUUCUCAUCGAUGGAGCUCCGGAAUAUAUAAUGAGAAGUGAACUCAAUAAGUUUUGUUAUAUGAGCGAUAAAGAAAUUCAAAUUGAUAUUAUGAUCAUUAUUCUAAAGAUUUAUGAAACAGAAAUUGGUGAAGAGGUUCUAUUGGAAUUAAGAAAAUGUGAAACUUGGAAAGAAAGAUUUGAAAUUUUCGCCAAAUACUUUUCAAAAGUAAAUUCACUUCUGUCGCGCCCAAAUUUGCAAACACUGUAUGCAACAAUUUAUAAAAAUAUACUGGCUAUUCGGCAAUAUGAAUUUUCUACAUUACCGCGUAUUAAAUCACCCAUAACGUUGUUAAAACCUACGUUGUCAUAUGCACCUGAACUUGAAGAGGAUUAUGGUUUAUAUAAGAUAACUGAAAACAAGGUGGUAGUACAUCACGUCGAGGGUAAUCACGUGACGAUCUUAGGAAACGAGAAAGUGGCGGCUGUAAUUAAUGAAGAAACGUUUUGAUGUCAAUACAGAGUUCGACUUCUUAUUUAAACGGUUUAUGAGAUGUACAACGAUGACUAAAGGAUAGAUUUUGUACCUUCUAUGAUAUCAUCGUACCUUGGUUUUUGGUUUUAGAUAAAGAAUUUAAUAUUCUUUACUAGAAACGGAAUUUUGUGUAAUCUUUUGAGGUGGAGGAAUGUGUUUAAAGUUAAAAUACAAGCUGUGGUUUAAAAAUCAUUUAAUUUUAGAAAUAAUAAAGUUGUUGUUAUUUA